AUGGGCUCUGCAUUGAAUACAAGUCCAAGGUCGCCGGGCGAAGAGCCCAUGGUUAACGCUGAAGUCGACCUCUACGAGGUCCUCGAGAUUCAUCGCGGUGCAAGCAAAGACGAAGUUCGACAGGCUUACCGCAAGGCUGCUCUGUCCAACCACCCCGACAAAGUUGCCGAAGAAGAGCGCCCCGCUGCCGAGAUCAAGUUCAAGGCUGUUCAGGAGGCAUACGAGAUCCUAUACGAUGAUGACAAGCGCCACAUCUAUGACACACACGGCAUGGGAGCCUUCAACGGCUCUGGUGAGCCAGGAAUGGGUGGAAUGGGCGGCGGUCCCGACCUAGAUGAUCUGCUGGCUCAGAUGUUCGGUGGAAUGGGCGGUAUGGGAGGUAUGCCUGGUAUGGGAGGUAUGGGAGGUAUGCCCGGCAUGGGUGGUGGCCCCCGUGGCAAGCGUACCAGCCCGAAUGAGGAGACGGAUUAUGAAGUCAGCCUGGAGGACAUGUACAAGGGCAAGACUGUUAAAUUCGCCAGUACCAAGGAAGUCAUUUGCAGUCUUUGCAACGGCAAAGGUGGCAAGGAGAAAGCGAAGGCUAAGAAAUGCUCUACUUGCGAUGGUUUGGGACAUCGGGAAGUUCUCAAGAACAUGGGUCAGUUCAUCACUCGGGCCCAACAACCCUGUUCCACCUGCAAUGCCCAGGGCGAGUUCUUCAGCCCCAAGGACAAGUGCAAAAAGUGCAAGGGCAGCAAGGUUGUUGAGGCAAAGAAGAUGCUUGAGAUCUACAUCGCUCCCGGCGCACGUGAGGGCGAGAAGAUUGUUCUCGAGGGUGAGGCCGACCAAGUACCAGGCCAGGAGCCUGGCGACAUUAUCUUCCGUCUGAUUCAAGACGAGCACAAGGUGUUUGACCGCGCUGGUGCCGAUCUCCGCGCUCAGAUCAACAUCACUCUGGCCGAAGCGUUGACCGGUUUCAGCCGUGUUGUCCUGACGCACCUUGACGGCCGUGGUAUUGAGAUCACACACCCCGCUGGCAGUAUUCUCAAGCCUGGACAGGUUCUCACAGUUCGCGGCGAGGGAAUGCCGAUCAAGCGCAGCGAUUCGCGCGGUGACCUAUACCUGGUGGUGAAUGUGGAGUUCCCCGAGCAGUCGUGGAAGCCAACUCCCGAAGUGCUGGAGAAGCUACAGGAGGUGCUCCCCAAGCCUGCAGCGCCCAUUGAGGCCGCCACUGUGGAUGAAGUCGAUUACGACGCUCAGGGUAACAUGGAAGAAUUUGGCUCUCGCGAUACCAAUGGUGGCUCGGCCUGGCAAGAUGAUGAGGAAGAGGAUGAUGAGCCUGCGCAGUGCGCACCUCAGUAA